AUGAUCUCUAACAUCUAUCAUGAAAAACAAGAAGGAAGAUUAUGUGCCAUGCAUUCUCUAAAUAAUCUCCUUCAGGGAGCCUAUUUUACAGAAAUUGAUUUGAUGGAAAUUGCACGUAAUUUAGAUAGGAAGGAAGCUGAAUUAUUGCAAGCUGAAUCCGGGGUGCAACAGCAAACAAGGACGAGUCAUAACGUGAGUGAUGAAGGAGAUUUUAGUAUUGGAGUUAUUUCCACAAGUCUUGAAGUUUGGGGACUGAAUUUAAUUCCGAUCACACAUCCAAGCAUUGUUCAAUCCAUCAGAGAAAAACCUUGGGAAGAAAAAAGCUUUUAUUUGCAAUCAUCUGGAACAUUGCAGUUGAAACAAGAAGGAUAUUCAAUUUAUGUUGUUAAGGGAGAAUUACCUCCAUGUGAGGCUGAGUUAUAUUCUGAAACAUUUGAUCCCAAAUCUGUGACAAGUCGCUCACGUGCUUCAUCCUCAAGCAGCCGACCUCAACAAGACAAUACGAUUGAUUUUAUUACAAAAAUGCAAGAAAGUAUUUUGUCUGGCACCGGUGCCCGACAACAUCAACAAUCCACUGUACCAAUGCCAACUCCUAACAUAAAUAGUGAUGAGUGGAAACGAGCUGUUGAAUUUGCAAGAAUGGAAUCAAUGUUUUGGGAGGCCAAUCGUCACUUGACACAACCCCAAGCAGCAGCACAACAAACAUCGGAAGACGACGAGGAUGAUGAAGAUGAGGCGCUAAAGGAAGCAAUCGAAAGAAGCUUAGAACAACAAUAA